AUGAGAGCCCUGUUGGUCCUCAGUGCCGUUCUCCUAGCUGUUUAUAGCAAGAAGACAUUCAUUGGUGACCAGGUUCUUCGGAUCACUGUUAGGGAUGAGGCACAGCUCAACCUGGUGAGAUCCCUUCAGGAAGAAGAGCAUCUGAAUGUCGAUUUCUGGAAAGAAUCCAACAGCCCUUCACUGCCUAUUGACAUCCACGUCCCGAGAGAAAAUAGCCAAUCAGUGAAAGUUUUCCUGGAGCUCCAUGGCAUUGAUUACUCUAUCUUGGUUGAAGAUCUCCAGGCACGAUUGGAUGACGAGCACAAGGAAAUGUUGCUGUCUCAGCAUAAGGAGCGUAGCACCCGCACGUUCAACUAUGCUGCUUAUCAUACGUUGGAGGAGAUCUAUGCAUGGAUGGACACAUUUGUGACUUCAAACUCAGGUCUUGUCAGCAAGAUGCAGAUUGGAGCUACAUUUGAAAACCGGCCAAUCUACGUCCUCAGGUUCAGUACUGGUGGCAUCAACCGGCCUGCUAUCUGGAUGAAUUCUGGAAUCCAUGCCCGCGAAUGGAUCACUCCAGCGACUUCUCUCUGGUUUGCCAACAAGGUUGCCAGUGAGUAUGGCAGUGAUGCCACUAUAACUUCACUCCUAAAUACAAUGGACCUCUACCUGGAGAUUGUUACAAACCCUGAUGGUUUCCAUUUCACCCACACUUCUAACCGUAUGUGGCGCAAGACCAGAUCAAAGUAUUCUGGCGAACAAUGUAUUGGAGUUGACCCAAAUAGGAACUUUGAUGCCAAUUUCGGAGGACCCGGAGCCAGUGGCGUUUCUUGCGCAUCCACGUACUAUGGACCUUAUGCCAAUUCUGAGAAAGAGGUCAAAGCCAUUGUUGACUUUGUCAAAAGCCAUGGAAAUUUCAAAGUCUUCAUUGAUGUUCACAGCUAUUCCCAGCUCUUACUUUUCCCUUAUGGUUACACCAAAACUGUCCCAAAGGACUAUGAUGAGCUGUUAGAUCUUAGCAAGAAAUCGAUAACUUCAUUGGCAUCAUUGUAUGGCACCAAGUAUAGAUAUGGACCCAUUAUUACAACAAUCUAUCAAUCCAGCGGUUCCUCUAUUGACUGGGCUUAUGACUACGGCAUCAAGUAUUCUUUCUGCUUUGAACUGCGUGACACAGGUCGUCAUGGUUUCAUUUUACCAGCCGAUCAGAUUAUUCCAACAGCCGAAGAAACCUAUCUGGGACUGAUUGACAUUUUCAAUCAUGCCAGACAAAACCCCUAUUAAAAUAAAUGUUAAAUAUUGCAGCAAUUCCACUCCUAGGAACUUAAGCAUCAGAACUAAUUUUGAAUUGUUCUUUUGAAUAAAACAUGCAGAAUGUGA